AAAUUUUCCAUACUUCCUUCACCUUCUUGUUCUGUCGAUAUAAGCUAUUGGCUUCAUUUAAACUUGUUUUUCCUUUUCUUUUUCACUUUUUUCAAUAUACUUCAAAGCUGGCAUCUUUUCACUGGUUUUGGGAGUGCAAAAAGACUAUUUUUAACAUAAAAAGAUGCCUGUUCCGCUUCAUACUUCACUGCAGUCCGUCAUUCACAGACUUAUCAAUGUUGUUUUGAUAUCUCGAAUGAAUGCUGAUAAGAGGUCAAAUGAUCCGUUGUGUCUGAUACACAAUAAUAAAAACCCAGUAUUGCAUUCUCGGGAAGAUUGUAUAUUAAAUUUAAACAAAAUAGCAGAUCAAUAUACAAUUUAUAUCUUACACAAACAAACACAUAAUUUACUCGAAAAAUGGACUUUUUCGUUGGGCGAUGACACUUGCCAUCAAACGAGUUCAACAGAAAGCCUCAGUGAUCUCAGUGACAUUGCUAUGCUGGUGGAUGAUUUACCAGCAACUCACUUACAACAACUUUGCUUUGUUUCUGGUCAUUGCAGUUCUGACAUCAAAGCAAAAUUCAAUCAGUGUCAACAUCCAGAGUUUGCAAAAACCGGUCAAAAUACUGGAAGUUUAACAACAAAGUCCUUCCAGUUGUCAAAAACCAUCAAAGUUUCUGUUGAAUACGAUGUCAAUGCCUUUUGGACUAAUCAAGUUGAUUUUGAACCGUCUGGAGAAAAAGAACAACAACAGCCAAUUCCUUCCUAUGAGGAACAAUUAAUUCACCCUCUGAGUCCUCUUCAUUCUCCACGACCAACGCCUGAGACAGAAGUUCAACAAGAACAAGAAUAUCAUCACCACAACCACUACCAGCAGCAGCAGCAGCAGCAGCAGCAGCAGCAGCAACAGCCAUAUGAACAUGCGCCUCCAACCGUCAUGAUCCAACAUGCUUCUGUAACUACCUUUCCAGGUGUAUUACCGUUAUCACCGUCAGUACCUUUUCCUGCGUCACCUACAGUGGCUGUGAGAAGAUUGUCCAGACUUUCUCUAUCUGCUAUUGAAAGUGAAGCAGCACAAGAAAACAACUCUGCUGAAAACAAUGAUAUGAAUCACCUUUUACCGUUACUUCCCAAUGCCAUACCUAUUCCAGCAACGAAUUCUCAAAUCCAAUAUACACACCAUCAUUACACGCAAGGAGGCCGUAGAACAAGCAUUACCUACUCUACAUCACCCAGCUGUUCCCUCAAGGGCAACAGUGAUAGCUGUAAUGGUAAUCGUUUGUCACGAUUUCAGCAUUUACAUGGCUCUAACACCGCAAGAAGGCAUGAUUCGGCGUCUGUAGAAUUGGGUCAGCACCGCGGUUCACUUGUAGGUAGUUUUGAAGAGUCUUUGCUUUCCGGUCGCAUGUCUUUUAUGCCUCUGUCGAAAGCAAUCGAAUUUCAUUGCCAAAUAGGCGUCUUGGGCCAAGGUGAUUGUAAACCGUCACUCAAAUGUCCUCCUCACUGGACCAUUUCCUUUCCUGCUACAUUUUAUACUCAAAUGAACGACACAACAGAUGAUUCUUAUACAACCACACCUUAUGUUGGCACUGUCGAUAUCCAACAUUAUUUAGAUCAUACCCUUCAUAACUCGUCAUUGACAGGUUAUCGUAUACCACCCAAAGGACAAUUGCAAUUUGUUGUAAAGAACCCUAAUAAGACAGCUGUGAAAUUGUUCUUGAUACCUUAUGAUUUUACAAGCAUGCCGAGGAAUACCAAGACAUUUUUACGUCAAAAAUCAUACCAAAUCAUUGAUCACAAAGUAGUCAUUGGUCACCGCCAGCAGCAGCAGCAGCAACAGAAACAGCAGCAGCAGCGAGAAGAAGGAGAAGAACAAGAAAGGAAUGUGUUGAGAUAUGCCAUUCAUAUGCAAUUUAUAAGAAAUGAAAGGAAACGGAUCUAUUUGUAUAAAUCAGUUCGUAUCGUCUUUACUAAUCGGAAAUUGGAUAUGAACGAAAAACUGAAUGUUGUGUGUGAAGGUCCGAUAGAGCCAGCCUUUGUACCUUUGUAAUUUGUGAUUGUUCAUAAAGAAAUAAUAAAAGCCGAUUGCCCUUUACUGCGAACUGGUUUUUUUCUCACCCCUGCUCCCUCCGCAAAAAAAAAAAUCAAGAAUUUGAAACUCAACAAUCGCUUUCCCAAGCCUAAACACACACCCCUCCCCACUCUUCACUUUUUAAUAACAUAUU